AUGUUUCGCCUUAAUAACAUCGUUCGCAUCUGCGAUCGAUGGAACACAGUGAACAUAUUGGUGCGACGUGGGCCCAGCUGGGCCCAGGGCCCAGGGCUGUCUUCGACACAAGGGCCCAGCAUCGUGGUUCGAGCAUCGUCAUCCACAGCGUCGGACACUUGGCUUUCGAAUCGAUCAUUCCUGAUGAAUCUUUUCGGUGGAAAAUUGCAAACUGCUGAGCUCUUCCCAUACCCGGAGCCACUCAACGAGGAGCAGAAGGAAUACGCAAGAGCAUUGGUCGAUCCUGUGCACAGAUUUUUCACGGAAGUGAACGAUGCCACCCGAAACGAUGAGACGAGCAACGUCGACAGCCGGACGAUCGAUGCUCUCUGGGAUCUUGGAUUGCUCUCCGUGUACGUACCACCUGAGCUCGGUGGCUUAGGGCUGUGCAAUGUGCAAUCGGUACUUAUGGCCGAAAUCAGUGGAAGUUACGAUCUUGCCCUUAGUUUACUGAUCGGUGCCCACAAAAGUAUCGGAACGAAAGGCAUUCUUCUUUACGGCAAUGAACAACAGAAGCAUAAGUAUCUUCCAAUGCUAAGCACUGGUCGUGUUUUCGGCGCAUUCGCCCUUACUGAACCGGGAACUGGUUCGGAUGCAGCCUCGGUAAAAACGAAAGCCAUUCUAAGCCCGUGCGGCAAAUAUUACACCAUCAAUGGAUCAAAACUUUGGAUAUCAGGUGGAGGAUUUGCGGACAUCUUUACCACCUUCGCCCAGGUGGAAACAAUCGAUGCAAAAACCGGUGAAAAGCGCAACAAAAUGACUGCCUUUAUCGUAGAGCGUAACUUUGGUGGUGUUACCACGGGACCUCCCGAGGAUAAGAUGGGUUUGAAGUGUUCCGUUACGAAUGAAUUGUUUCUGGACGAUGUGAAAGUGCCGGUCGAGAACGUGCUAGGGGAGAUCGGUGGUGGGUUUAAGAUUGCGGUAAACAUACUCAACUCGGGAAGGUACGGGUUGGGUGCGAUGCUUUCGGGCACGAUGAAGACUUGCAUUGAGCGGGCAGCAAGUCACGUGAGUGAUAGGGUGCAGUUUAGGCGAAAGUUGAUUGAGUUUGAAAAUGUGCAGGAAAAGUUAGCGAUGAUGGCGACCUAUCAUUAUGUGGCGCAAAGUCUUACUUACAUUGUGUCUGGGAAUAUGGAUAAGGGUUCGGUGGAUUUUCAUCUGGAGGCGGCCGUGAGUAAAGUGUUCUGUACCGAGGCGGCUUGGUAUGUGUGUGACGAGGCCAUACAGCUGCUGGGAGGUAAUGGAUUCAUGAAAUCGAGUGGGUUGGAACGGUUCCUGCGAGAUAUUCGUGUGUUUAGAAUUUUCGAGGGAGCAAACGAUGUGCUGCGGAUGUUUAUAGCUUUAACCGGAGUUCAAAAGGCGGGAAAAGAUCUUGGAGAUCUGCAAAAGGCGCUGAAGAAUCCGGCGCGUAACAUUGGAGUGAUCCUGGCAGAAGGUACGAAGCGAGCAGGACGCAGUAUUGGACUGGGUGGCACGGAUUUACGUUCAUUUGUAGCCAGCGAACUUCAGAGUGCAGCCAAGCAGUGUGGAGAGAGUAUUGAAAUAUUCAGCGGCACAGUUGAAUCUCUUCUUCGAGCCCAUGGUAAAGGAAUUACCGAACGACAGUUCCAACUUGCACGGGUGGCAGAUUGCACGAUUGACAUCUACUCAAUGGUUACAGUAUUGUCCAGGGCUACGCGUGCCGUUAGAUUGAACCUUCCCUCAGCCGAGCAGGAACUGCUGAUGGCGCAGAUCUGGUGCAAGGAAGCAAGUGAUCGUGUCCACCGCAACAUAAACCGUAUCCAGUCAGAUGCAUUUAAGGAAAACUAUCGACGAAUGUCAGUGGUGGCGAAACACGUUUCAUCCCAACGGGGAAUAACGUUCACUAACCCGUUGGAAAUAGACUAA